AUGAGCAUAUUUGAGUUUCUGGCUAGUUUGGACAGACCCUUCAUAGGCACUGUUAGACUCGCAUGUGUCAUUUUUGCUAUCACAGAUAACGUCUACAUAACAUCGUUAUCACUCCCCCAACCGACCGAGGAGAAGAGACGUGAGCCACCGAUUGACAUCCGAGGCAGAGAGCCGACAAAACUACCGCAAUCUGUCAUAGACUUGGUGGCUACGAAAGUGAAACCAGACAGGAAACAAAUCGAACAAAAAUAUAACCUGUCGAUGACUCAAUCUGUCCGUGAUCCCUCCAAUGCUGUAGUGCCUCGAGAUUCCGCUGACAAAGGUUUGCCUCGAGAUGUUGCCGACGAUGGAGUGCCGACGAUGGAGUAUCAAAAAUCCAACGACGGAGACGUGCCUCGAGGACCUGCCGAGAAUUUGUAUAACCUGUCGAUGACUCAAUCUGUCCGUGAUCCCUCCAAUGCUGUAGUGCCUCGAGAUUCCGCUGACAAAGGUGUGCCUCGAGAUGUUGCCGACGAUGGAGUCCCGACGAUGGAGUACCAAAAAUCCAACGACGGAGACGUGCCUCGAGGUCCUGCCGAGAAUUUGUAUAUAUUAUUUUACUCGACAUCAUCUGAAGUCUAUUUGUGGGCUUCUUCAGCUGCAGAUGAAGAUCGCAACAUUGAGUUGAGAAAGAGAGCAAACCGGAUGCAACACACAGCCACUGACCCGAUGGAGAGACUGAGACUGGCUAUUCUGGCCAGAGGGGGACAGUCUGGCAUCAAGCGCUUCGCUAAGAGUUUCAACAUAGCCGACAGAGACAGAAACAACUCUCUGAGCCGAGAAGAGUUCAGUGUGGGUAUCAAGAGGUUCGGAGUCAGUCUCGGAGACCAGGAGAAUCUCGCUCUGUUCUCCAGAUUCGACAGGGACCAUAGUGGCCAAAUCAGCUUCGACGAGUUCAUAGCGCAUCUAAGACCGCCCAUGAGUGAGGCCAGGAAAGUGUUGAUUCACGAGGCCUUCCGCAAAAUAGACAGAAGCGGGGAUGGACUAGUAGACAUCGAGGACAUCAGAGGCAUCUUCAGCUGCAGAGAACAUCCCAAGUUCAAGAGUGGCGAGUGGAGUCCCACAAAGUGCUUCACUGAGUGGCUCCGAAACUUCGACGAUGGAGACGACAGAGAACAGGUCAAGAUAACGUUCGAGGAGUUCCUGAACUACUACAGUGGUGUGAGUGCCUCCAUAGACUCGGACGCUUACUUCGACCUGAUGAUGAGAAACAGCUGGAAACUCCGAUGACCCCUGAACAAAAUUUGCAAUUUAUAAAAUACGACUUGUCAUGGACCUGUAGAAUCUUUUGAUAUAAUUGUAGUCACAUUGUAGUUUGGCAUGUAGUUCAAAAUAUACUGUUAAAAUACUGAA